AUGGAGGAGUGCGGGGUGGGGCGGCCGCUGAACCAAUGGUUCCGCGACUACCUGACCGCGCGGUCCUUCCGCGUGAAGGUCGGGUCGGCGCUCAGUGACGAGCAGGUCGUCCGCUACGGAGUGCCGCAGGGCUCGGGCUGCGGGCCCCUCUGUUACCUGAUGCACGUGAACAGCCUGUGCGGCGUGCUGCGUCACUGCUCCGCACACAUGUUCGCGGACGACCUGUGCACGCUGCGCGCCGGCAUCGACCUAGAGCAGACCUGCAGGCUCGUACAGGAGGACGUCGAUGCUGUUGUCAAGUGGUCUCACGAUAAUGGAAUCCGGCGAGGGCAUCGGAUCACAAGUGGAGGUGCAUGCGGCUGGACCCCUCUGCAGCCUGUGGACCCGUAUCACCCGCCGCUAGCGGUACUGGUGGGCGCGCACGCCGAGGCCGCGGCGACGACCGAGGUGCCUGUGUCGUCAUCAUCCUUUGUAGAGCCGACAGAAAAACAAACUAAGGACUUUGAUGUUGAAGAACAAGCAGUAAGUGUAGUAAAGAAGGACAGAGGCUAUAGUUAUAGAUCUAAAGAAAAUACUGAACAAAGAAAACAACCAGAGAGAAGAAAUUAUGGACCAAGGAAUAUGAGAGAUCAAUCUGAGGAAGCAGGUACAAGUGGAUAUCAGCGGGCACAGUCUACUACCAGACCUCCAUGUCACAGAUGCGGCUUUAUACAUGGUUUCAAGUGUCCAGCAUUUAAUCAGGUAUGCAAAAAGUGUAACAAAUUCGGGCAUUACGGAAAAAUGUGUAGAAAUGUGAAGAAUGUGAAUGUAGUAGAUCUGUCAUCGGAUGAAAGUGAUAUUGUGUUAGGUAUGGUGCAAAUUAAUUCGAUUCAAAGGAAAGAAGACUAUGAGGCCAUUCAAAUACAUGGUCAUAUUAUAGACUUUAAAUUGGAUACUGGUGCGGACUGCAACGUGCUUCCAUUAAGAUAUGUUAAGAAACUCGGAUUAGAAAAUAAAGUGGAAAAAAAUGCAAACAACUUGUAUAAUUAUGAGGGAACAGAGCUGAACUGUGUCGGUAAAAUUAAAUUAACUGGAAAUUUCAUGAAUAAUAGACAAGUACAAUUGAAAUUCUAUGUUAUCGACUCAGUUCGCCCGAUUCUACCAGUGUUAGGUAAAAAAUCAAUAUUCAAGGAAGAAUUAAUGGAAAGAAAAUAUCUAAAUUGUAUAAAAAAUGACUGUAAUAAAUUCACAGAAAAUUAUAAAGAACUGUUUGAUGACAAAAUUAUAGGCACUUUAAGUGGUCCAGACUAUAAAAUCAAGUUAAAAGAAAAUGCUCAGGGCAAAGUGGAAUCUUGUAGGAAAGUACCAAUAUCAUUACACGAGAGCUUGAAAAGGGAAUUAGAUAAAAUGGAAAAACUUCAAGUUAUUUCAAAAAUAACAGAGCCGACUGAGUUUGUUAGCAAUAUAGUUAUUGUAAAAAAACCGAAUGGGAAAAUUAGAGUUUGUUUAGAUCCAGGAAAUUUAAAUAACUGUAUUAUGAGGGAACAUUUCAAAUUACCUACUUUUGAAGAAGUGUCUAGUAGAAUGGCAGGUGCUAAAGUAUUUAGUAAACUGGAUGCAUCUACAGCAUUCUUUCAAAUUAAACUUCAUGAGGAUAGUGCCAAACUGUGCACAUUCUCUACACCUUUUGGUAGAUAUUAUUUUAAACGUCUACCAUAUGGGCUUUGUUCUGCACCAGAAGUUUUUCAUCGUAGAUAUAAAGAAAUUUUUGAAAAUAUAAAUGGAUGUGAAGUGUUUGUUGACGACCUAGUAGUAUAUGGUAAAGAUCAAGCAGAACAUGAUGAACGUUUAUUAAAAGUAUUACAAAUGGCAAAAGAAAAUGGGGUAAAGUUUAAUUCAACUAAGUGUGUAUUUGGAAAGUCAGAAAUAGAAUAUCUAGGACACCUACUGACUAAAGAUGGUAUAAAGCCUGAUCCUACAAAAAUAGACUCUAUAAUUAAAAUGGAAAAGCCACAAAAUGUAAAAGAAUUGCAGCGCUUGUUAGGAAUGAUCAUAUAUGUGGCCAAGUUUAUACCGUCUUUAUCACAAAAAUAUGACAUAAUUGUGAAAUACAAACCUGGAAAAGACCUUUUGAUAGCUGAUGCAUUAUCUAGACAUAAUUUAAAAACAAAUGAUAAUCUUCUAGAACAGGAAAUUGAGGCUCAAGUUAGGAUGGUUAACUAUACAGAAGAAAAUGAGAAUGGUCAAAGUAUUGCUAAUGAAAAUAACAAUUCUGCUAUAAGAACUAGAACAGGUCGACUGAUUAAGAAACCUAGCUAUCUCUGUGAUUAUCAAACUGAUUGA